AUGCUUAAAGCUACAAAGCAGAAGCAAACAAAAAAGCAAAAACAAACUGAAAAGCAGUACAAGAGAGAACACGACAGUUAUAAGGAAGAUGCCCAGAAAUACCAAGGAAAUUUUAAGAGAAUUACAGACUUGUCAGAGAAGGUUCAAAGGCUGGAAACAAGGAAUCGCAAAAUGAAAAUAGAGAAUCGCAAAAUAAAGAUCAAACUAAAAAAAGAACGAGCUGCAAAGGAACGUUUAGCCAAACGUGUAGCUUCCCUCCAAUCAAAGACUGAAUUCCAGACCCAACAACAAGAGGAGUUGGAACAUACCAAACUGCACCUCAGCCAUAGAAUUAGCCUUAAAGAAUCCCAUCAGAGAUGUGACAGUCUUUCAAAUGAUGCAGAGCAACUUGAACAUAACAAGCAGCAGUGUACACCCCUUAGCACCAACUUGAAAGAAUCUCAGCAAAAAUCUGAAAGCCUACAGCAUGAAGACAAAUCUGCUGAACAGCAGGCCAAUUUGCUUCAGACUGAUAAUAAUCGCUUAAAAAAUGAGCUGAGUAAAUUGAAUUCACAAUUGCAAGAUCGUCCACAGUCUCAGCAAGUAGUACAUAUACCAACAGGCUUUGUGGAUGACGCCACCAUUGCGACAGUUUCUGAGGAGUUGAAUCUCAGCUGGAGAAGGUUUGGUGUCCGUUUGGGACUUAAGUGGUCGAAAGUGAACAAGUUCAAUGCUGAUGAUAUGCAGACUCAAAGGGCUAUCGAAAAUAUGAUGAAUUACUGGAGGAGCAGCCUCAGUAGCGAUAUUCAUCAACGUAAAAUGCUGUGCACUGCUCUGAAACAACAUAACCACAGGAGACUAGCUGAAGAAUUGUUUGAGGGUGAAAUUAACGAAAAUCUCGUCACUCAGCAAGCAGGAAAAUGUUUCAAUGAUCAAGAUUUGCUGUUCAUUUGUGACAAUCUGGAUAACGAAUCAUGGAGGAGACUGGGAGUGCGUCUUGGACUCAAGUGGACCGACAUAAAAAAGAUAGCAAAAAACAACAGAUUGGUGGAAGACUGUAUCAUGGAAUUGCUGGUUACUUGGAGGGAUGACCAAUUAAAGAGCCAACAAGUACCAAUCAUGAUGAAUGCUUUGAGACAACAGAAGCUUGUUAGACUUGCAGAAAGUGUACGUAAAAGGCAUGGUUACAGUGACGAGGCAGAAGUUCCACCAACUCAGAUAAAUCUGCCCCAAAUUCCAACACCCGUGCAAGGUUGCUUAGAUGAUAUUGACAUGGUGUUUAUCUCUGACAAACUUGUUGGCAAAGACUUGUUAAAUUUCGGCAUCUACCUUGGUAUGGAGAAACAUGAAAUAAAUCGAAUUGAGUCAGACUUUUCACCACCAAUUGUAGACGCCUGUAUUGAAAUGUUGGUACAGUGGCGAGAAAGACAGAAAGCUGAAGUAAAUCAUCUCAAAACAAUUAGUGAAGCCCUGAAUAAACUUGAACGAAUAGAUAUCAAGGAAGAACUUGAAUCAUACUACCAGAACAAAUACAGAAAAAAAAUUGAUGACCAAUCAACAAACCAAGUUACAGUCAUGAUGAAUGCUUUGAAGCAACAGAAGCCUGUUGUACUUGCACAAGGUGUGUGUGAAAGGCAAGGCUACAGUGAUCAUUCAGAAGUUGCACCAACUCAGAUAAAUCUGAAUAAAAAAACAAAACCAAUGCAAGGGUCACCUUAUCCACCCUCAGCUAUGCAUAAGCCUCAUUCAUCCUCGGCUGUUCAUACGGCUCAUAAAUCUUCGACUGUGGAUGCGGCUUAUCCAUCCACGACUAAGGAUACGCUUCAACCAUCAUCGGCUACGCAUGAGCAAUCCUGUAUGCAAGAACUGUCUGAGUUGGAUUUCAAUCAACUGCUCAAAGACGUGUCCUCAUGGUGGGAACGACAUGGAAACUUGAAUAUGUUGAAAGUGAUACUUAGCGAAUUUAAGGUAAUUCCUGUAGCACAGAUGGAGGAGCAAAGCCAGCCAUAUUCUCUUUUUCGACUACUUAUAGGUAGCGGACUUAUCAGCAAAUCAAAUGUUGGUGUCAUUUUUGAAGUCGUUGAUUUGGGUGACCUUAGUGGCGUAGAAGAAGUGAUCAGAAAAUCGAUACCGACAUUUGCUGGAUUUAAAAAAAUUGAAAUCACCAGCUUUUCAGUUCAUCGACGAAAUUUGCUCGAAUUUGGCAAGGUUAUAGACAGAAAAAACAUAGCACACAUAGAGGACUUGUAUCGCCCCAACGAACCCAAAUCAAAGGAUCAGUGGUGUUUAAUACUUGAACUGGAAAAGAGUGGUAUACUUACUGACGACCCAAAAGUUAAGGAAGCAUUCGUUAAGAAACUUAUAGACAACGGUAUGAGAGCUGAAGCUGAAGCAUUGGAUACCUUUAAAGUGAACUAAGAGAUGGACAAAAGUGAGAAGUUAAAAACAAGAAAUAUUUCCUAUAAAAAAAACCGCAAUAUCUUUAACUUAUGACAGGUUUGCAUUUCCAAACUUAAUAAAUUAUCAUAGUCUUGAGGAUGAAUUACCAAUGAAUUUCUUUUAUGUUAUGACACAUAGACAUAAAAAUAAUUGCCUACAGAAAUUGAUUUACGACUGGUGUAACAAUAGCCACGAAGUUAUUUACAUUGCUGUCACAGGAUUAUAAUAAUAAAAACGCAUACUAUGUAACUUAAGGAUUUUUUUCCUGUUAAUAAGAUUUCGAUUGUUUUAAAUAAGCUAAUCAAUUUUUUAAUUGGGUAGGCAGCCUUUAAUUUAAACAUUACGACAUAUCAUACAAUAUCGUAAGAUUUGGUAUACAGCUAUAUAAAUCUAUGCCUAUUACUUUUAUUUAUAUUCAAUAUGAAUGAAAUUAGUGUAAGUAAUCAACAUUAUAACAAUACUGUACAUAAAAUAACCGAAAUAGAUAGAAAUUACUCAAAUAACCGACCAGAUUCAAUGCUGAGGUGAGUGGCAGAGUAGGAGGUGUGCUAGGUUGUUUACUAGAAAUCUGCAGAAUCCAAGAAAAACGAGUAGGUCUAUCAGAAUGUCUUGUAAGCAUAUUUAUAGUAUAUACAUAAAGAUUAACUAAGAUAA